CUGACAAACUGACAUUACAUAGACUUACUUCAACUAUAUUUCAAUGAACAAAAUCUGAAAUUCUGCUUCCCGAAUAAAAUUUGUUUUUUAAUAAUUUUUAAUUUAAAAUAAGGUAUUUGCAAAAAAAUAUGGCAGCCGUUAUGGACGUUGAUGAAGAGGAAGUAGAGAUGGCUUCCUCAAGUAGCGGAAAAGGGGACAAAAAAAGAUUUGAAGUAAAGAAGUGGAAUGCAGUUGCUCUCUGGGCUUGGGAUAUUGUGGUCGACAACUGUGCAAUCUGCCGUAAUCAUAUUAUGGAUCUCUGCAUAGAAUGCCAGGCAAACCAAGCUUCAGCUACUAGUGAGGAGUGCACAGUGGCUUGGGGAGUUUGCAAUCAUGCUUUUCACUUCCACUGUAUUUCACGUUGGCUGAAAACAAGACAAGUAUGCCCUUUAGACAACAGAGAAUGGGAAUUCCAGAAAUAUGGACAUUAGAGGGACUAAUUUACUAGUGGUUCCAUCCUGCCCGUACAAGAAACCACUAUCAGUGUGCAUUGGACUUAAAUGUCGAUAUAUCCACUAAGUUCUCAAUAAAACUCAUAAUACUAAA